UCCUCUCUCUCGUGUCUCCUCUCACUUUAUUCUUUAUUCUCUGGAGCAGUCCCCUCCUGCUCGACUUCUGACCGGCACAUCUUGAUUUUAACAGAGGACGAGAGAGAGAGAGAGAGAGAGAGAGAGAGAGAGAGAGAGAGAGAGAGAGAGAGAGAGAGCAUUGUAAUUGAAUCACAGAUAUCCCAGAGAUCCUGCGCGUUAACUGCAGCCGUGUCACUAUCUCCUCUAUCAACACGGAUGUUCAGCUUCAAGGAGAGGAUAUGUAUCAGGGUAUAAUGACAACCAACCACGGGCCCCCCUCCUAUGAGGCAGGAUUUCUCCACAACACCUCGGCUGGCACCUCUCCGGUUUACGUGCCCACCACCCGGGUCGUCACCCCCAUGAUCCCGGCGCUGCCGUACCUCCAGGCGCCCGGCGCGUCGCAGCAGGGCAGCCCGGUGUCGAGCCACUCUGCCUGGGCGCAGCCGGGCGCGGACUCGGUGCCCUCGUACAAUCACUCCCCGGUGUCUCCGCGCUUCGCCUUCUCCACCAGCCCGCCUCUGUCCUCCGGGAUGGCCACGGGCCGGGAGACGGCGGCUUCUUACGGCAGCCCGCUGAACAUUUCUGCAAACGGGAGGGAGCACUACGGCGCCCGGAGCCUCAGCGGGUCGUACCACAGCCCUUACCCGGCGUACAUGAGCCCGAACGUGGGUGGAACGUGGCCGGCGUCCCCGUUUGACAGCCCGGUGCUCCACGGUCUCCAAACCGGCGCUCCUCCGGGCGCAGCACGGCACCCAAACAUAGACCUGUUCGACGACUUCGCUGAGGGGCGAGAGUGUGUGAACUGUGGUGCGAUGUCGACGCCCCUCUGGAGGCGGGAUGGCACCGGCCACUACCUGUGCAACGCCUGCGGACUGUACCACAAGAUGAACGGCAUCAACAGGCCUCUUAUCAAACCCCAAAGACGGCUGUCUGCCUCGAGGAGGGUGGGCCUGUCCUGCACCAACUGUCACACCACCACCACCACCCUGUGGCGACGAAACGCAGAGGGCGAGCCGGUCUGCAACGCCUGUGGCCUCUACAUGAAACUCCACGGGGUGCCACGACCCCUGGCUAUGAAGAAAGAGGGGAUCCAGACCCGCAAACGCAAACCAAAGAACCUCAACAAGUCCCAAACUGGGACCCCGGGCAGCGAGGGGACUCCCGUCACGCCGAGCAGCACUCCCCGUGCCUCCACCGCCACAGAGGAGCCUCGCCAGAUAAAGACGGAGCCGGACACUCACAGCUUGUACUCACACCACAGCGCACACGCACAGAUCUCCGCCCUGCCGGCCUACAUGGCGGCUCAAGGAGGGGCCAUUCCUCUCAAGAUGUCCCCCGGGGGCCACGGUGGGUCUUCUAGCUCCAAAGCUGAACCCUGGAACAACCUGAUCCUGGCCUAGAAGACGUUCAAGCCCGAAAAAAAACUCAAAAACUAUCUGUACCGAUUAAAACUCUCGUGGGAGACGCCGGUCUCUGGACAGCAGACUGCCGCUCUCAGACUCAGAUGACGCAGCCUUCACACCGUACAGUGCCUUCAGUGCAGCACUCUGGGGCGAAUGGCCGGACAGCACCAGUAAAGAAAUGGAGAUCUUAAACAGAACUGCAAAUCGAGGACUGAAUGGAGUUUGAAGAGCAGCGCUGUGAUAAAGUAUACCCAACAACUCUCGAUAUGAAAAAAAAACUGCAGGUGAACACUUUUCACGUCACUGACACUUUUUUUUUUUUCUACCAGUGCAGGAGCUUUAAAUGUUUGUCAGAUACUGUAACAUGAACCAGUAACACACGACAGCAACGGCGAGACUUUUCAUCACUGAGUUCUUUUUAUUUUGAUAUAUUUCUAUCUUCAUUUUCACAUUAUUUCACAUGCUACCAUGAAGUCAAAAGCAGCGCCAUGGAAGAUUAAAGCAGUAGAAGUUAAAGGGUCAGUUCGGUUUAAUAAAAAAACAAAACAAAACAGCUAUAUAUUUUCACCAUGCUACAACAAUGCAAUGGAGAUGAAUGUCAUUUUGUUUGUGGUGCUGGAAGCAAGUCGAAAGCUUUACAGAGCAAGCUAGGAGCCGGUUAUGUAAUAAUCCACAGACGUCAAAAGUAGACAGUUUUACAUGUUUUUCACACUGUAAAAAAUAUUCGGCUGUUUUAACUCCAAAAUGUAAGAGCUAGAUAUGUGAGUUCACAUUCACUAUAUUUAUCCGUCCAGAUCCUUAUGCCUCAUCUCUGGUGAGUUUUUCAAAUGCAUUUUUGGGGCACUUUGAGCAUCCCAAGCCAUGUGCCGUCUAGUUCCAUUAUACUCAAGAGAGGGCAGACAUCUCUACAGCCGAUGCCUUGAAAACUCACUGGAAAUUAUUUUAAUUUUAAGGUGACACAUCCCUUUAACUCUCAAUCAAAGCACCACGACAAGUCUGAUGCUGCUAAAAUUCUGAUCAAAAAAACACAAAACAAAACUACAAACUAUAAAAACUGAAAUAACUGAAAAAAAAAACAGACAAGUCUAAUUACCUUAAAAUAAAUAAAACCUGUACAUUUAUGUCAAUAGUUGAUUUCACUCUGUGUAUAAUCUCUAUGAUUUCUUACCGUAUAAAUUCAGCUGAUGGUUAAAACUGCUCAGAGGCAGUGGCGAUGUCUGUGGACGAUCCAGAGUGUCUGUUGAAGCACUUUGCUACUGACUUUUUAGAAAAUUAAGCCAGUUGAUCGAGCACCACAGACAAACAUGCAGUCGUCUCUGUUGUACUACGGUGGCCUGGAUUCAGCAAAAGAAAAGAAAAAACUCAUGCAGGUGCUGUCACUUCUUUGUGGUACCCGUGAAUGUCAUUUUCACAGAGCAUCGAGUUCUACAGGCGAUCAGGAACAUUUCUAUGAACUCACUGUAACUCAGAGAGAAUCACUCAAUGUCCAUCACUCCUUAAAACCCAGCGGUAUGACCUUCAGUAAACACGACCACGGUGCAAUAGACACAGCUCCCUGUUAGUCAGUUAGUCAGUAUUGACACCUCUUUGAAGCAAAUACAUGAGAAACUACCUAUGCAGCAGUUAGUUGCACAUGAUGACUGAGGAUGGAGGGGGAUGGCACCCAGCUCCCUCUGCUGGCGCGAGUGCAGACGUGCAUCCGCAGAAGUCUUCAGAGCUAGUAUUUAUUAUGAAAGGCACAAACCCCCAAACCACACAGUUAAUGAGGACUGUAUUAAAACUGUACAGUUUGUCAGCAGUGAUGCUUUUGCUUGUGACAAGCACAGAGGUGGGGUGGUGGUGGGGGGGCAACAUGUGCAAAUGUGGGACAUCGUCACAUGUAAUUUACCAGAAUAACAAAUAUAUGAGCAUAUAUGUAAAAAAAAAACAAAAAAAAACUAAACAAACAAAAAAAAAACUCCACUCCAGUAUAAUUGUAAUACACCAUUUGUGAUAUAUUGUGAGUAAAGACACAGUGAGAGAUCUCUCAGUGUGCACUAACACUACCUGAUGCUCUUUCCUCUGUGUGCACCUGUAGCUCUACUGAGGAAACUAAUAAAGUCGAAGCAUUUUGACGUAA